GUUCUCAUUUGCUGAUUUUCAGUACCGUAUCCAGUAGCCGCCAUGUUGUACUGAAUAUUUUACUGGACGAGCGUUCCCUUUCUCUAGUAAAGUAGUUUCAGUAAAAGCAUAACCUACGUAGCUCAUAUUCACGCACAUGUUUUUUAGUGAGGUUUUAAUUGAAAAUAAAAUUAUAAUUGUAUUAAUUUCAUAGUUGGCUGAUUUCAUUUAUAAAUUGGUGAGUAAAAAUAUCAUGUUUGUUGAUCAUUUUCAAAAUUUUUCAAAAACUUAUGCAUGUAGAAGUAUUACCAGAGAGAUACUUCUCUGAUAAUAGGUAUUACUAAGUAAAAAAAAUUACAAAAUUUUACAUUAAAAAUAAUUCCUUCUUAUAAUAUUUCUGGUACAAAACAUUUCUUUUUUAUAACAUUUAUUGUAGUAACUGAAAAAAGCGUAACAAUUUCGAUAAACAACGCAUUCGAAAUAUACAAAGAAUGGCAAUGAACAACGCUGCAUUGAUUACAAUUGUCAAUGAAUAUCUGGAUUCGUCUGAUGAAAGUGAUUCUGAUAGUGAUAUCGAUGAAUUGUUAUUAAAUGAGAUUCGUGUAAUUCGUGACAAAAGGCCAAGAUUGCAACAUUUUAUCGAAGUUAUUGCUUUAUACGACGAUCAGGAAUUUAAAUCCAAUUUUCGUCUACGUAGAGAUACUUAUGGCUACAUUUUAGACCUCAUUCGACCAGAUUUGGAAAAGUGGCCAGAACGUUUUGGGAGGUAUCCCAUAUCAGCCAGUAAACAACUAUAUGUUGCACUAUGGAUGCUAGCAACUCCAGACGCAUACAGAUCAGUAUGCACAAAGUUCGACAUUGGAAAAGCAACUGCUUGGUGAAGUGUAUUAAGGGUUGUAAAAGCCUUAUAUAAAUUGCCAAAUGUAUUUAUAUCUUGGCCAACGAGGGAACAAGCUGAAAAUACCUGGACAAAACUAGAACAACAAUACCAGUUUCCAGGAAUAAUAGGUGCAGUAGAUGGCACACUCGUAAAAAUAACUGCGCCUAAAGUACAUCCUGAAGCAUAUGUAUGCAGGAAACAUUAUCAUGCAAUACAGCUACAGGUUGUAUGCGAUGCAGAACUGCGAUUCAUUCAUUGUUACGCGGGGCAGCCAGGAUCGGUUCAUGAUAUGCGAACCUUUAUGUACUCCGGAUUGCAGCAAAAGUGCAAUGAAUAUUUUUUUCCGGAAGACAGCCAUUUACUCGGAGAUGCAGCAUACACGAUACAACGACAUAUAAUGGUGCCGUAUAGAGAUAAUGGUCACCUGACAGCGGCCGAAAACCUUUUCAACAAGAAAUUGUCAUCUGCACGAAUGAUCGUAGAACGGUCUAUAGGACUGUUGAAAGGACGAUGGCGUUGUUUACUGGACAAACUUCCAAUGACACGAACAGAUUUAAUACCGCGCUAUAUUAUCGCAUGUUGCGUUUUACACAAUAUUUGUUUAUUGAGACGCGAUGAAAUAGAAAUACCAAUAUUAAUAGAAGAUCCUCAAAAUAAUAUGGUUGUAGAAUUACGUCCACUUGAUUUAAAUGUCGAAGACCGCAAUGGAGGACUCUUAAAACGUGAGAAUUUAACACGUAGAUUCAUGGAGUAAUACACGAAAUAAUUCAAGAAAAAAUUCGGUUAAGCAGAUCUUGCUCAUAUUAUUGUAUAUAUAAUAUUAUAAUAUACAUUUUAUAUCAAUUAUUAAAUUGACUUUUCAGUUCUUUAGACUGCAAUAUGGUUUGUCGGAUUUGGAACGCAAUCUUAAACUGAAACUAUUGUUAUCUCGAAUUUGUAAUCGUUAGAUUUAUUAGCAAUGUUAUCAACAUUUUAAAAAAGCGUAAACUGAAUAAAAUAAAGUUAUUUGUACUCAAAUAUAAAA